GAAGUGGGUAAUUUCCGGGGGUCUAAGAUUGACUGUUACUUGGGGUGUUUGAAAAGGAGUGCUGUUAUUUGGUACAGUUUAUAGUUACCUUAAUUAGCUGGUCGGUUUUCUUUAAUUACUCUUUAAUUGCUCCACAUGUCUGUAGAAACGGUUGUAGGUAACAUGCCAGCAGCCUCCAAACUCUGCAAGAACUCAGAGCCUGAGUUUUUUGUCAUUAUGAUUGUUUGCCUCACACUCUCACAAACUGAUUGCUUUUCGUCCUAUCUAAAAUCCCAUUUUUGGGCUUUUCAAGAAACUCCUUCCGUCUCCUCUCUGCUUGCUUCCUUCUCACUAUUUGGCCUUGGUGGGUCUUUCGCCAGUUAUUGCUUUCAUCUAACUUCCUCUCUUUUGUUAUCCCUUUAAGUCAUCAGAAGCCUUUACACAAAUCAUUUCAUUAAGAUGAUGUUUACUGUUUGGAUAUUUUAUUAACAUUUUGGUGGGAUUGGAGAAUCGGUUCUGCGGUUGAUUUCAUAUGGGAUGGGAGUGGUGGUGCUGCAAGUUGUGUUCUCGGUGCUGAAGGUCACUGUCUUGGCUGCUUUCUUGGCGUUUCAAGGAUCUUCUGGGUAUAGCUUGCCUCCAUCUCCAUCAACAUUUCCUGUAUUUUCUCCAGGUGGCGAUGCAAUAGCUGCUCCACCGACCCCAGCAGGUCUCCCUAAUGGGGCAUUUGUGGACCCUCCACUCUUAUUGCCGCCUCUUAAUUCUGCGUCCGCACCCCAAAAGGUGAAAGAUCAUAUACCAUCUCUUCCACCAAGUACUCUAGUUUUGUCGCCAAGUGAUUCAAUGCCGAUCCCGGUAAUUGCUAAUGACACCGUCCCUCCAUUGCCACCAGGUCCUGAAGCCUCAGCACCACGAGCAUCUCCAUCAAGAAUAUCUCCACAAAGUCCACCAACUAGCCUACCACUUGUACCGGAAUCCGUUCCUUCAAAACCUGCUCAAAGUAGGGCUCCCGAAGCUCCUUUUAUGGCAACUGCCCCAGCAUCCAACACACAUGCAUCAAAGAGAGCACCACAAAAUUCACUGCCCCCUGGGAUAUCAUCAUCCAUUCUUCCUGUUGGACUGUCCCCAGGCAAGUCACCAGGGAACCCAUUAUCUAUUCCACCAGCAUUACCCAAAGAACCUCCUUCCACUUCGUCAGAGCCUGAUACAGCUCCUGCAUCAUCUCCUGUUGCCACACCACCAAAUGGAACAAGCACCCAGCAGUCGCCUGUGAGCACUUCACCAGCAAAAGCUCCAUCUGUUCAUGAUAAUAUGGGGAAUUCCGAUAAUGCUCCAUCUCCUCUUCCAUCCCGCAAUGCUCCUGUAGUUUCAGGGUCCAACUCCCCUGCAUCUCAACCUUCUUCAUUUCAAUGGCAUCAUGGGAAGAAUUAUAAGAGAACUCCUGCUCCAUCAGUAUAUAUGGCUCCUCCUCCUGCUUCGGCUGUAGAAGCUCCUCCAGAUAAUUCAAGCUCAGACCCGAAGACUGACUUUAGGUUCCAUGCUCCUCCACCCCUAAACCCAGUUUCAGGCUCCAACUCCCCUGCAUCUCAACCUUCUUCAUUUCAAUGGCAUCAUGGGAAGAAUUAUAAGAGAACUCCUGCUCCAUCAGUAUAUAUGGCUCCUCCUCCUGCUUCGGCUGUAGAAGCUCCUCCAGAUAAUUCAAGCUCAGACCCGAAGACUGACUUUAGGUUCCAUGCUCCUCCACCCCUAAACCCAGGAUCCUCAACACCCCCAUCUCAUUUUCCCUUUCCUACACCAAAAAGCUAUGAUUCUUCCUCGCCAUCACCACAUCCUUCAUCUUCAUCUCAACAAAUGCCAAUUCAUUCCCCGAAAAUGUCUCCCACAAGACCUAUGCCAAGGAUGCCAAAGAUGCCUCUCCAGCUACCUUUUCAAGCAUUACCACCUCCACCUCCUAAUGGAGAUUGCACAUCAUUUACGUGCUCAGAGCCAUUGACAAAUGGUGCUCCUGGAUCUCCAUGCGUUUGUGUCCUACCUAUACAAGUUGGACUCCGCCUAAGUGUUGCAUUGUACAAUUUCUUCCCUUUAGUUUCAGAGUUCGCAGCAGAAGUAGCUGCUGGAGUGUUUUUGAAGCCAAGUCAAGUUCGGAUUAUGGGGGCAAACGCUGCCAGCCAGGAUCCAGAAAAGACCAUUGUCCUCACUGACUUAGUACCCCUGGGAGAAACAUUUGAUAAUACCACAGCUUAUCUGACAUUUCGAAGAUUCUGGCUCAAAGAAGUUAUUAUACAAACUUCACUCUUUGGAGACUACGAAGUGCUUUAUGUACAUUAUCCAGGUCUUCCACCCUCUCCACCUUCUGCAUCUUCUGAUAUUGGUACUAUAGAAACUGACCCUUAUUCUAGUCGCAACAACAAUGGAGCGGCCAUAAAGCCAUUUGGGGUUGAUGUGGGCAGACAGCAUCACAGAGGUGGGCUAAGUCGAAGUGUGAUAGCAAUUAUAGUUUUGUCUACCUCUAUAGUUGUAAUUUUCUGCUGCGCUAUUGCAUGGGUAUUGGUUUUAAAACACAGAGAGCAGCUCUGCCCUCCAGACUCUACUCCACCAGCUACUAUGCCUUCCCUUGCAAAAUCAUCAGGGAUUCCUGCCUCUAUGAUUGGAAGUGGGCCAAGUUCUGCUGCGUUAUCUUAUGGUUCUAGCAUUGCAGCAUAUGCUGGUUCUGCAAAAUGUUUUAGUACAUGUGAUAUGGAGAAAGCCACAGAUAACUUCAGUGAAACAAGAAUACUUGGUGAAGGCGGCUUUGGUCGUGUUUAUAGUGGCGUGCUUGAAGAUGGGACUCAUGUGGCUGUAAAAGUUCUAAAGCGAGCUGACCAGCAGGGAGGUCGUGAGUUCUUGUCGGAAAUAGAGAUGCUUAGUCGCCUUCAUCACCGAAACUUGGUCAAGUUGAUUGGUAUAUGUACAGAGGAGCGAACUCGCUGCUUAAUCUAUGAACUCAUACCAAAUGGCAGUGUGGAAUCUCAUCUGCACGGUAAUAUUGUCUUCUGUUUAUAUAAGUUCCAACCUUGUUUCCCGGCUAUAUUUAUAUGCUUUCUUUGCUUGCUCUCAGGAGUUCACCAGGAACAUGCUCCUCUUGAUUGGGGUGCUCGGCUUAAGAUAGCUCUUGGUGCUGCUCGUGGUCUGGCCUAUCUGCAUGAAGAUUCGAGUCCACGAGUCAUACACAGGGACUUCAAGUCCAGCAACAUCUUGUUGGAACAUGACUUUACGCCUAAAGUCUCUGAUUUUGGUUUGGCUCGAACUGCAUUGGAUGAGGAAAAUAAACACAUUUCGACACGUGUAAUGGGAACCUUUGGGUAUGUCGCUCCAGAGUAUGCAAUGACCGGUCAUCUGCUUGUGAAGAGUGAUGUUUACAGUUAUGGGGUUGUACUUCUUGAGCUGUUGACAGGUAGAAAACCAGUAGACAUGUCUCAACCACCUGGUCAAGAGAAUUUGGUUUCUUGGGCCCGCCCAGUGCUUACAAGUAAAGAAGGUUUAGAAUCCAUCAUAGACCCAACUUUGGGCCCUGAUUUUCCAUUUGAUGGUAUCUCAAAGGUAGCUGCGAUUGCUUCAAUGUGCGUUCAACCAGAGGUAUCAAACAGACCAUUCAUGGGUGAAGUUGUUCAGGCACUCAAAUUAAUAUGCAAUGAGUGUGAUGAAACGAAAGAAAUGGGGUCCAGAAGUUGUAGUCAGGAGGAUCUGUCUCUAGACAUGGAUACUGGGAUUUCUAACACUUUAGACUCCUUGGGAGUUCCUUUACAUGGUCAAUCCCCAGUCUCUCAUUAUGGUCAAUCCCCAGUCUCUCAUUAUGAUUGUGAGGUAGAUGUUGAAAGGGGAAUAUCUGUAUCAGAUUUAUUGAGCUCAUCGGCAAGAUAUGCGAUGCAAGAUUCUGGGCCACUAGGGAGGCACUCAGGUUCAGGGCCUUUAACAUUAGGAAAAGCAAGGCAGCUAUGGCAAAAGAUGAGGCGAUUAUCUGGGGGUACGGUGAGCGAGCAUGGUUUGAUGUUCAAGUCAUGGCGUGGAUCUCGGUGACAAUUAUUUUCUGUUGCGAUGGACAAAAUUCAUCUGCAACAAUUGUUUGAGAAGUUGUGUACAGGAUAUCAGAUAAUUAGACAGAUGAUCAGUAAGGAUCCGUUUAGUGAAUUGCUUGGAUACCUUCAUCAAUGGCCCAGAAUAAAGGAGACGAGGGAAGAAUACAUUUUUUUGUUUCUUCGACAAUGGAUGGUUGAGUCGGAACUCCUGCGCACCAUCAAAUGUAAAUGUAAUUGAAAUGAGUGCUGACAUGUAUCUGAAUUUCAACAAAAUACUUAAAACGGCGAAAUAGAUUUUCUUGUAGAGUGAGCAUUGUAGUAUGAUGAUGCCUAUUGUUUUA